AACCAACACCAGAGGAGAAAGCUUCAUGUUAUGUCGGCUCAUUGACUUGUUGGACAUUUGGAAUAUAUAUAUCUUAUAGUAUUCUAUUAUUUGGCGCAAUUGUAUAUUUCCAUAGGUUUUAUAAUAGUCAAAAAUUUGACAGAGAAGGAUUUGAACGUGUCGCACUUACUGAUGAUGACGAAGACACCUUAUUAGAUCCGGAACGUUCAUCGCGACGCUACGCUCUUAAUGCACUUUUACAAGAUUAUUUUUACCAACAAGGGUAUAUAUGCGCUAAAUAUCCUUGGCAAACUAUAGGUGUUGCUGCGCUAAUAGUGAGUUUUGCGACAUUGGGAUGUUCAAAAUUUGAAGUGGAAACUGAUCCUGUAAGGCUUUGGGUUGCACCGAAUUCGGAUUCUGCAAUUCAAAAAGAAUUCUUUGAUCAAAAUUUUGGUCCAUUUUAUCGAACUCAGCAAAUUUUUAUUAGUAGUAAAAACACUAGUCAAAGUGUUGUUAAUUAUAAUAAUUUAAAGAGUUUGUUUAUUAUUGAACGCGAAAUUCGAGAAAUAAAAUCUCCACAUACUUUGCAAGAUUUAUGUUUUCAUCCGAAUGGAGAUGCAUGUAUCGUUCAAUCUGUAACAGGAUAUUGGCAAUCAGAUUUAGAUAAUUUUUCAGAAGAAACUUGGAGAGACGAAUUUAUAUCAUGUACAUCUGCGCCAACCUUCUGUUUACCGGAUUUCCAGCAACCGUUAAAACCAGACAUGAUUCUUGGUGGUUUUGAGAAUGAUGAAUACACAAACGCCAAAGCUUUUGUUCUUACUUAUGUUUUGAACAAUUCAUUAAAUAAAAGUGAGACCUAUGCAUCCCAAGAAUGGGAAAAAUCCCUGAGAGAAUAUUUAAAUAAAUUGAUUCACAACGAAAAUUCUAAAGUAAACACUUCACAACUUGAUAUAUCUUUCUCAACUGAGAGUUCUCUCGAAAUAGAAUUAAACAAAUCGACAAAUACCGAUAUCUACACUAUCGCAUUAUCGUAUUUGGUCAUGUUUGUUUACGCGUCAUUUGCUUUAGGAAGUUUUACAUCCCUUCCACGCAUAUUUAUUGAUUCAAAAUUUUUGCUCGGUAUUAGCGGAAUUAUUAUAGUUUUAGCAUCAGUUUCAACAUCCGUAGGAAUUUUUUCUAUCCUUGGAAUUAAAGUUACCUUGAUUAUAGCUGAAGUAAUCCCAUUCCUUGUACUUGCGGUUGGAGUAGACAAUAUUUUCAUAUUGAAUCACGAAUUUGAAAGGCUCACACUGAAAUCAUUUGGUGAAGAGUCAGUUGAAGAACGUAUUGCGAAAACUUUAGGGCGUAUGGGACCCAGCAUUUUGUUGAGUGCAUUAAGUGAAACAAUUGCAUUCGGUUUGGGAGGAAUUGUGACUAUGCCGGCAGUAAGAAAUUUUGCACUUUAUGCUGCACUGGCUGUUUGGGUUGAUUUUUCGUUGCAGGUGACCGUAUUCGUAGCAUUCUUGUCUUUGGAUGCUAAAAGGCAAGAAGAAAAUAGAAUUGAUUGUUUUCCUUGCGUUAACAUCAGAGCUCCUGGACGUAUUGAUAAAGAAGGGUUAUUGCAAAAAUGGAUGCGAAAAUAUUACGCACCUUUUAUAUUAAACAAAAAAGUCCGAAUAGCUGUUAUUGUUUUCUUUAUCAGCGCAUUUAUGUUCGCUUUAGGUUUGGUACCUCAAAUAGAAUUGGGAUUAGAUCAAAGAAUAGCCCUUCCGUCUGAUUCAUAUUUAAUAGAUUAUUUUAACGAUUUGGACAAAUAUUUCCGAAUUGGUCCUCCAGUUUAUUUUGUUGCUAAAGACCUUAAUGUAACUACUAAAGAAGGACAGCAAACGUUAUGUGGAAGGUUUAGCACUU